AUGGCGCUCGAGAUGGCGCGCUGGCUCAUUGGAUGGGGGAGGUCAUACCCCGGCGAGUGGGAUGGUAUGUAUGACAUCUUGCAGUGUCUCUGGACCCUUAGCCGGCAUCAAUACGUCGACAACAGGACACACGGCAUCUUGCCGAUUACGAUGGCAGCUUUGACGCUGGCCCGCGACACCGCGGACGAGGACCACCCAUCCACAAUACGGCUCAACAAGCACGUUUGCUCUUUCUACAGCCCACCUGGGACUGUGCCUCGGCCUCUGACCGAGAUUCUUGGCUCCUGGACACAUGAUCGCCUGGAAUCGUGGAUGACGACAGCAUCCCAGAGCGUCCCAGUGGCUCGACGCCUUCGCCGAGGAGCUCAGCUGACGAACUCGUGGGGCAUCGAGUUCAUGUUUCGCGUCGAAGCCAUCAGCACCACCAUGAUGGCCUUAGCUACGCAAGCCCCCGGUGACUUGGAAUCGGCUCGCCGGUGUCUCGAGUUCGAGUCGCCAUAA